AUGGACGCCCAGAGUGCCCUGGACUCGCUGCUGGGGCGGCUAACCACCGUCUUGGUGAGCGAGGCGCAGCUGCUGGGCGGCGUUCGCGGCGACGUGGAGUUCAUCAGAGACGAGAUGGAGAACAUGGACAGCCUGGUGGCGCACAUCAUGGAGGGGCAGGAGCGGGACCGCCAGGUCAGGACGUGGAUGAGGCACGUCGCCGGGCUCAGCCGCGACUGCGAGGCCUGCGUCGAGCUCUACCUCCACUACGUGGCGCCCGGCGGCGGCGGCGGCAAGGGCCUUCUGGCGCAGCUCCGGUGGAUAACCCAGCUGGUGCGGACCAUCCCGGCCCGCCGCCACGUGGCGACGCGGAUCCGUGAGCUCAAGGUACGCGCGCGUGACGUCGGCGAUCGACGGAGCAGGUACGGCAUCACCGUCCCGCCUGCACUGCCGGUGCCGGACCAUCAAAUCAGGAGCACCGUUGAUGAUAGCCCCUGCCCGGCCUCUCCGCAGCCGUGCGGGCCGGAGGAGGAGAAAGAUGACCGGAGGCGAGAGCUUCUCUUCGGCGAAAUGCCGCAGGCAGCAACUAAAUUGGUCCUCCAAUGGCUGCAACAAGACAAUUGGAGCCUGCGGCAAGAACCACCACCAAGAAUCAUCCAUAUUCUAGGAGAAGGUGCCGUGGGAGAAAGAGAGGCUAGCACUGCAAAGAUGGUGUACGAUCAUCCUCAUGUGGUGAGCUUAUUUCAACACAGGUUCUGGAUCAGCUUCCAAGACAAUCAAUCCUCCUCAUUGUUUCACAAGAUGAGCCAACUUUUCACAGACGAUUGGAAGGAGGCCGCGAGAGCUGAGGGCCUGCUUCCAGGUAAAAAGUUCCUCCUGCUUGUUCUUGAUGACCUCCGUUUUAACCAUACUGAAUACUAUGGCGAUCUCCUCCGUUCGAUAUUGCAAGAUUUUGGAGAUCGCUUCGACUUUAUCGGUGCAACCGCAAUACUGCUGACAUCCAGGGACUGGGACGAUUAUACGCGGGAGCUGAGCGACAAAACUAUAUUCAUUAGUGCACAGGGCGGCCAGAUACAUUGUCCUGAUGUUCCUCCACCUACUGUACACCAAUCCUUACAGGUCCACAAGGGAAUUGGAAAGCCUGCUGCAGAGGAAACCAGUGCUGCAGGCAAGAUCAAGACCUACAAGAUGCAUCCAAAAAUCCACCACUUCCUUGCUACGGAUGUAGGCUUCAUGAAGGACACAUGCUUGCCUCUUGAUCUGGCUCAUCAUUUUUCCAGAAAUAGCGGGAUAGCACUAGAACUGGAACAGCCAUCUUCUUCCAAUGACAUACUCUCCCUUCUUGAUUCCCUUGCUGGAUCUGAUCAAUGGAAGCUACUCAAGGUGCUGGAUCUCGAAGGAUGCAAAGGCCUGACGAAGAAACACCUGAAGAACAUUUGCAAUAUAUUGUUGCUCAAGUACCUAAGCCUCAGGGACACAGAUGCUACUCAACUGCCCAAGCAAAUCAACAAGCUACACUGCCUGGAGACAUUGGACAUCCGCCAAACAAAAACAAGGGCAUGCGCCACAAAUUCCAUUUUUCUUCCAAUGCUAAAGCAUCUGCUUGCUGGCAAUAAGGUGGUCUCUCAUAGGUUUAUGGACAUGGUUGAGACGGUGCAGCUUCCCAGUGGCACCCGAAGAAUGAAAAGGCUGGAGAUACUAUCCUAUGUUGAUGCAUCCAGAAAUGUUGAUGACUUGAUCGACAUCGGACAGCUGCUGCAUUUGAGGAAACUGGGUGUGAUUCUCGACGGAAGGAGAACCGGUGGCCUGGCUGUUCUGUUCCAACAGAUUGAGAAGCUGCACGGCUGUCUGCAUGCCCUUUCUAACACCCUGUCGAUCCAGAUCAACCAACCGGCAGCAAGUGACUGCACUGUUCCUCUCAUAGGAGUAGAUCAACAAACAGCUGCUUUGGCAUCACCUCCAAAGCUUCUUCAAAGCCUAAAGAUCAGUGGUAUCACAAGUGGGCUUCCUAACUGGAUUACUGAGCUCGACCAGCUCACCAAGAUCACACUGAGCGAGACUUACUUGAGCGAAGAUGCUAUACGAGUCCUCGGCCAGCUUAGGAUCCUGCGCUGCCUCAGGCUUCGUCACAACUCUUACACUGGAACCAAGCUCACCUUCAAUAAGGAAGAAUUCCAGCAUCUCAGGUCUCUGAUCGUCGAGGGCUGCAGCAGCAUCACCAGCAUCGACUUCGUGAACAUCGGAGCAGCUCCUAAGCUUGGGAUGAUUGUCUGGUGCUUUGCCUCUGUUGAGGCCCUCCCACUUUCAGGGAUUGAUCACCUCCCCAAGUUGAAGAAGCUGGAGCUCAAUGGAGACGGCGACAUGGUUGCGGUGACAGCCGUGAGACAAGCCAUGGAGGCUCAUCCCAAUCGUCCAGUUUUCAAGCACAAUUCAAGCCAUCAACGGCGCCAGGAAUCUGGAGUUGAGGUUGCAGCUUCAGUUUGUGAGUAAUGAUGCAACUACCACUCCUCAUCAGCCUGAAGUUUGCUUCAGUAUGUGUGGAUUUAUUUAUCCUAGAAUAAGUAUAUAUAGAUAUGCAGCUGAAGGAAAUUCCUGGCUAUCUAGCUUCUAGUUUCUUUCAGCCUCAUGCAUCGCUGAAUUUGAUCUCCUUCCAGCCUAGCCUCUCAGUGCUUGGUAAUCCUCUGUGUUCUCCUCUGUCCAGACAUGGCGAUCCAUGUUCCCGUGUGUUUGAUGAGCAAUUUUAUGGUCCACGAGUAGAUACCGAGAGCGAGAGCUAAAAAAAAAUUUAGUGUAAAAUUUGGUAACUCCUGUUACCUUCUUAAGGACUAUAAAAUUAAUCGUGU